CAGAGUAGGAAGGUUCACACAUUUGUUGCUCUGCUUAUCGGUCUUCUGCCAUAAAGUCUGUUGGUUCUCACCGGAAAUGUUACAACCUAUGAAUUAAAUGUAAUAAUUAAUCAAUUAAACAACAAUGCAUGAGGAGACUGAUCACUAAAUGGUUGACUGGGAGGACUGUCCUAGUUUUCGUGCUAAGUGUAUAUUGGAGCUCAUGAGAGAACGAGGUUGUCCUCAGGAAUGAGGACAGAAGUGGACUUUCAGAUGGUGUUUAUUCUACUUGUUAUUUAGAGACAGUAGACAGCCGUGACCAUGCAGUCAUCCCCCUUUCCAAAUUGCUUUGCUGCUGGUAUCCAUGCUGUGGGAUGGGCCUUCAUCCUGCCUUGUUUCUGGUGUCUUGAUCGCAUCAUUGCUGUGUGCAAGUCCACCACCGCAGAGCAAACCCAGCGAGAUGAGCAGAAAUGCUCCCCCCACCCCCUCAAGGUCUUCUUUGGUUCCAUAUUCUUCUUUAUUCUUUUUAUUGCAACAGCACCUUUGGCAUUUCUUGGCUUUCUGCUUUGGGCACCCCUUCAGGCCUGCCGUAGGCCUUUUUACUAUCACAGGGAGGCGCCAUCCUCACCAGAGGCCGAGAAACACAGGGGCUUCGAGGUGGCAGGAAAGGCAUCAUUUGGAUUUGCCACUGCCAACCUUUGUCUUUUGCCAGACAGCCUGGCUCGUUUUAACAACCUGGGUCACACUCAGCAUCGGGCUUCUGCCAUUGGUCAGUGCAUUAUGCAGGGUGUGAGUCGACCCCAUAUCAGGAUCUAUGUUGACUCCCCCAGCAGCUGUGGUACUCUGAGCCCCAUUAACAACAUUGUCCCCACACCCAACUCAAGUCCACAAGGUGCCACAGAUAAACAGUCACAACCACCAGUAAGUGAACAUUCUGAAUCAAAUGAAACACCCGUUCCCUGUGAUGAUAGUGAAGCAUCUUUGGCCGAGACACCUUAUCCUCUCUGCAAUUUCAAUCAGAACUCCAACCAGCACGGCUCAGGUCACAGGAAGGCUCCCCGCGCUUUGCUCUCUCAGGGUCUCCAUCAGCAGGAUGAUGUACCUUGGGAGGUGUCGUCGUUGUUUCCAGCCAACAUUGAUAUACUGUGCCUGGAGGAGGUGUUCGAUAAGAGAGCUGCAAAGAAACUCACCAGUAUUCUGAAGCCAGUGUUUGGGCACAUACUGUAUGACGUUGGAGUGUAUGCCUGCCAGCCGCCGUGCAGAUGUUCCUCUUUUAAGUUCUUCAACAGUGGACUGUUCCUUGCUAGCAGAUUCCCCGUGCUGGAGGCCCAGUACCACUGGUUUCCCAACAGCAGUGGGGAAGACGCACUGGCUGCCAAGGGUCUCCUCUCUGCCAAGGUGCUCAUCGGGCAGGAUCACAAAGAGAAGAAAAUGGUUGGCUUUUUUAAUUGCACUCAUCUUCAUGCACCAGAGGGUGAAGGGGAAAUUCGCUGUGAGCAGUUGAACAUGGUCACCAAGUGGAUUGGAGAUUUUCAGGCUGCCAAUAAACAGCCCGACGAGGAGGUUGUCUUUGAUGUGCUCUGCGGUGAUUUCAACUUUGACAAUUGUUCGCCAGAUGAUCAUCUGGAACAGAAUCACAGUCUCUUUGAUGAGUACAGAGAUCCUUGCAGAGCAGGACCUGGAAAAGAGAAGCCCUGGGUUAUUGGUACCCUCCUGGAGCAGCCCACUCUGUAUGAAGAUGAUGUGAACACCCCAGAAAAUCUCCAAAGCACUUUGGAAAGCGAGGCACAGAGGAAGGAGUACAUCUCCCCUCCUGUUCCUUUAGGUGGCGCUCCUCUGGAGUACCCCGAGCCUGGUCAGCCGUGGAUUGGACGUAGGAUCGACUACAUCCUCUACCGACAAAGCUCCAUUUCAAAGCAGUGCCGAACAGAAGUUGAAGAGGUGACUUUCAUAACGCAGCUGGCGGGCCUUACGGACCAUAUACCUGUGGGCUUGAGACUAAAUGUCAUUCUAGAUUCUGACUGAUGAAUGACAAUUAUUUAUUUUUUUAAAUAGCAAAAUGUACACUGAUUUAUUUUCUGUACAGAUUUUAAUUCCAUACUUGAAACUAUAAACUUGAAUUUGUCAGUAAGUAACUGCAUACUGACCGGACAAUUUAUUUUUAUGGAUUUAUAGAGGUUUUAUAAUGUAUGCAAUUUUUUACAUGUAGUACUGUUCAAGUAUAUUGUAUUGAUUUUGUAAAAAUAUAUUUUUUUAGGAUUUUUCUUAUAGAAAUAAAAUCAAAUGAUUAAUUUUA